CCCUAGGAUUUUGGAACGCUCUCAGUGAGAGAGAAGAGAAGCAUGGCGUCGUUGGACCCAGAGAUCGCCAAGACGCAGGAAGAGCGGAAGAAGAUGGAGCAGCAACUCGCGUCUCUGACAUCUGUCACCUUCGACACCGAUCUCUAUGGUGGAAGUGACAAGGAUUCAUACCUCACCUCCAUCCCUGCAAACGAGGACGAUGAGAACCUCGACGUCAUGGACAACGAGGUCGCUCGCAAGCUCGCUUCCUACACCGCUCCCAAAUCGCUCUUGAAGGAGAUGCCCGGUGCCGCCGCCGCUGACGGCGAUGCCGACUUAGGGUUCAGGAAGCCGCAGAGGAUUAUAGAUCGAGAAGAUGAUUAUCGGCGUCGGAGGUUGAAUCAGAUCAUUUCUCCGGAGCGGCACGAUCCUUUCUCAGCAGGAGAGAAGACACCGGACGCGUCUGUGAGAACCUAUGCGGACGUUAUGAGGGAGGAGGCGUUGAAGAGGGAGAAGGAGGAGACGUUGAAGCUUAUUGCGAAGAAGAAGAAGGAGGAAGAGGAGGAAGCUAAGGCUGCUCCAGAUAAGGCGCAGCAGAAGAGGAGGAAUAGGUGGGACAUGUCUCAGGAUGAUGGCGCUGCAAAGAAGGCGAAAACUUCAGACUGGGAUAUGCCGGACACGACGCCGGGUCGGUGGGAUGCGACGCCAACGCCGGGGAGGGUAACGGAUGCGACCCCGGGGAGGAGGAAUAGGUGGGAUGAGACUCCCACGCCUGGUAGAUUGGUGGAUUCUGAUUCCACUCCUGCUGGUGGUGCAACCCCUGGUGCUACACCUGCUGGCAUGACUUGGGAUGCAACUCCAAAGCUAUCUGGGAUGGCUACCCCAACUCCUAAGAGGCAGAGGUCUAGAUGGGAUGAAACACCUGCUACUAUGGGGAGUGCAACUCCAUUGCCAGGUGCCACUCCUGCUGCUGCUUACACUCCUGGCGUUACUCCUGUUGGAGGAGUUGAGCUGGCUACUCCAACUCCUGGGGCUUUACAUGGUGCCAUUACGCCAGAGCAGUACAAUCUGUUGAGGUGGGAGAGGGAUAUUGAAGAGAGGAAUCGCCCCUUGACUGAUGAGGAACUUGAUGCCAUGUUUCCACAAGAAGGGUAUAAGGUAUUGGAUCCUCCUGCUUCCUAUGUGCCGAUUAGAACACCUGCUAGGAAGCUUCUUGCUACUCCUACUCCACUAGGGACUCCUCUUUAUCAAAUCCCAGAAGAGAACCGCGGUCAGCAGUUUGAUGUUCCCAAGGAAGCACCUGGUGGCUUGCCAUUCAUGAAACCUGAAGACUACCAGUACUUCGGAGCAUUGUUAAAUGAAGAAAAUGAAGAGGAAUUGUCUCCGGAUGAGCAAAAAGAGAGGAAAAUCAUGAAACUUCUGCUUAAAGUCAAGAACGGAACACCCCCUCAAAGGAAAACAGCGUUAAGACAGCUUACUGAUAAAGCUCGUGAGUUUGGUGCUGGCCCAUUAUUUAACCGAAUUCUGCCAUUGCUCAUGCAACCUACUCUGGAGGAUCAAGAGAGGCAUCUUUUGGUUAAGGUAAUUGACAGAGUUCUUUAUAAAUUGGAUGAACUGGUUCGCCCUUAUGUGCAUAAAAUUCUCGUUGUUAUUGAACCAUUGUUGAUUGAUGAAGACUACUAUGCCCGUGUGGAGGGAAGAGAAAUAAUCUCUAAUCUCAGUAAAGCUGCUGGGCUGGCCACAAUGAUUGCUGCUAUGCGGCCUGACAUAGACAAUAUUGAUGAAUAUGUUAGGAACACUACUGCUAGAGCAUUUAGUGUUGUUGCCUCUGCUCUAGGUAUUCCUGCAUUAUUACCCUUCUUGAAAGCUGUUUGUCAAAGUAAGAAAUCAUGGCAAGCUCGGCACACAGGGAUUAAGAUUGUGCAGCAGAUUGCCAUUUUAAUUGGUUGUGCUGUAUUGCCACAUCUGAGGUCUCUUGUGGAAAUUAUUGAGCAUGGUCUGAAUGAUGAGAAUCAGAAGGUGAGAACGAUCACUGCAUUGUCUCUUGCUGCUCUUGCCGAGGCUGCUGCUCCUUAUGGCAUUGAAAGUUUUGACUCUGUCUUGAAGCCAUUGUGGAAGGGUAUUAGGCAACACCGUGGGAAGGUGUUGGCUGCAUUCUUGAAGGCAAUUGGGUUUAUCAUUCCAUUAAUGGAAGCCCUAUAUGCCAGUUAUUAUACUAAGGAAGUCAUGCUUAUUCUGAUUCGUGAAUUCCAGUCACCUGAUGAAGAAAUGAAGAAAAUUGUUCUGAAAGUGGUGAAGCAGUGUGUGAGCACUGAGGGGGUGGAAGCUGAUUAUAUUAGAAAUGAUAUACUCCCUGAGUUUUUCAGGAACUUCUGGGUUAGGAGGAUGGCUUUGGAUCGAAGAAACUAUAAGCAACUUGUGGAGACAACUGUGGAGAUAGCAAACAAAGUUGGUGUUGCUGAUAUUGUUGGGAGAAUUGUUGAGGAUCUUAAAGAUGAGAGUGAACCUUAUAGGCGAAUGGUUAUGGAAACUAUUGAGAAGGUGGUCACUAACUUGGGAGCAUCUGACAUAGAUGCACGAUUGGAAGAGCUUCUGAUCGAUGGUAUUCUUUAUGCCUUCCAAGAGCAGACCAGUGAUGAUGCCAAUGUGAUGCUUAAUGGGUUUGGUGCUGUUGUGAACUCUCUCGGGCAGAGAGUGAAACCAUAUCUUCCUCAGAUUUGCGGUACCAUCAAGUGGCGGUUAAACAACAAGAGUGCAAAGGUGAGACAGCAAGCGGCGGACCUCAUUUCAAGGAUUGCUGUUGUCAUGAAGCAGUGCCAUGAGGAACAAUUGAUGGGCCAUCUUGGUGUUGUCUUGUAUGAGUAUUUGGGAGAAGAGUAUCCUGAAGUUUUAGGGUCAAUUCUGGGAGCUCUCAAGUCAAUUGUCAAUGUUAUUGGUAUGACGAAGAUGACUCCACCUAUUAAGGAUUUGCUUCCUAGGUUGACUCCAAUUUUGAAGAAUAGGCAUGAGAAAGUCCAGGAGAACUGUAUUGACCUUGUAGGUAGGAUUGCUGACCGUGGGGCUGAAUUUGUACCAGCAAGAGAAUGGAUGAGGAUCUGUUUUGAGCUUCUUGAGAUGCUUAAGGCACACAAAAAGGGAAUUCGUAGAGCUACAGUGAACACUUUUGGAUAUAUUGCGAAAGCCAUUGGACCACAAGAUGUCCUGGCAACUCUAUUAAAUAAUCUCAAGGUGCAGGAGAGGCAGAACCGUGUCUGCACAACUGUGGCCAUUGCAAUUGUUGCGGAAACAUGUUCACCCUUCACAGUUUUGCCAGCUUUGAUGAACGAAUAUCGUGUGCCAGAGCUUAAUGUGCAAAAUGGUGUACUCAAGUCCCUCUCUUUCCUCUUUGAGUACAUUGGUGAAAUGGGAAAGGACUACAUCUACGCCGUGACUCCUCUACUUGAGGAUGCUCUUAUGGAUCGGGAUUUGGUUCAUAGGCAGACAGCUGCUUCUGCUGUGAAGCACAUGGCUCUGGGAGUGGCUGGUUUGGGCUGUGAGGAUGCGCUAGUACAUUUGCUGAACUAUGUAUGGCCAAACAUAUUUGAAACUUCUCCACACGUUAUAAAUGCUGUGAUGGAAGCCAUUGAAGGGAUGAGGGUAGCCUUGGGUGCUGCCGUUGUUCUUAACUACUGCCUCCAAGGGCUGUUCCAUCCUGCCCGAAAGGUUAGGGAGGUGUAUUGGAAGAUCUAUAACUCACUAUAUAUCGGAGCUCAGGAUGCUCUUGUAGCUGCGUACCCUGCCCUGGAGGACGAGCAGAGCAAUGUAUACAGUAGACCAGAGUUGAUGAUGUUCGUUUAGAUAGCAGUUUAGGCAAAUGGGAACUAUAGUUGGACAUUUUACGGUUUUGAUGAGAUCUAUAUCAGCAAUAAUGCAUGAUAAUGUUGUUGUAAUGCGUACUUUGCAUGCUUGUUACUAUUGUCUUCUAUAGCGAAGUUAUCUUGUGUAUUAUGCGUUUUGGUAUAUAUGCUGUGGUCUUUAUAUGCAAGUUCGCAUGAAUUGUUUUUUAAUAUGAUGUGCUUACCAAAAGACCAAUCAAC